CUUAUAAAUGUACGCGUCUGAACUUAAAAGCCAAGACGACGCACUCACCCACCUCAUUCUCUCCGGUCACAAAACAAAACAAAAAAAACACACAGCAGGAAAGCCGAAAAACACACUCCCAAAACUCACGAAACCUCCCGCUCACAGAAUGAUUGAAGAGAGACAAGGCGGUGCACCCCACGGCAUCUUACUGGCCGUGGUGGUGGCCCUCGUGCUUGUGGUGCCGUCCCUCGUCGGUGACCAAGGUGAGGCCAUCACCGCUGCCAUCGCCGAGCUUCUGAGCCCUGUGGGACUUCUGCUCCUCCCCAUCGUCCUCCUCCUCACCAUCCAGUUCCUCUCCUCCGAGCGUGGCUCCUUCAUCUCUAGCAUGUUCUCGACCGGCGAGCCCGACACCAUCCACAGGGUUAGCGGUUCGCCGGUGGGAGUCGCGCUCGUUCUGAUAAUCAUUUUGUUCCUCCUCUACAAUCGCGUAUCGAUCUUCGGCGGUGGCGAUGAUUCCGGUGACUAGCAGCACGUACGGUUGUGUGGAUCUGGAUUUUCUUAUUUGAUCUCUCUCCUUGUUUUUUGGUUUUUUACUUCUGUAAAUCGGUGGUAUUGGUACGGUACUUUACGGACGUAGAGUUUUCAUGUUCGAUGGUAUUCUGGUCAUUGACUAUAGUGGAGUAACGGAGUUUGAGAGCUUUGAUUUGUAAUACUAUAAUUACCCUCAAUGCACCUGUUUAAAUGCAGUAUUGUUUAUAAUUUUUAUUGUAAUUAUGUUGAUGUUGGAGGACAUUAUCGCCUUUUCGAAGAGCAAUACGAAAGUUAAUUGGUGCAGGGCUGAAUGUGAAGUGACAUCUGAGGGCGGCCAGCGGUCGGGCCAGGUGGCGCGGGUGUCUCUUGUGGCUUUGUCUCCCUCUUGUCCCCUUCUCUCUCAUUACUUUUGUCGUUUGUUGGCUUUCUUUUUGUGGCUUUUCUUCGCUCUGUUCAGCAUGCGUUCUUGUUUGAGAAAUGUUAUGGAAAAUGCCAAGUGCUCCCUUAGUUUUGCCCU